AUGGCACUUGCUCCCUUUAAAUUAGAGCUACUCACUGUAAAAUUUCAAUUUUUUAAUAGAAAAUUUUCAAGGUAAGAAACAUAUCUUUAUAUAGCCCAGCUUUGAUAUAAUCUAAUGGAGGGAGUUAUAUUAGAAUGUUAUUUAAAUAUUCGGCAUAUAAAUCCAUUAAUUUUUCAUAAAUUAAAAUUCAAAAAAUAUUGCCUUAUUUAUAUUUUCUUUAAAGGUGGAGCUAGUGAAAAGCUUCAGGAGUAUGGUGUGACAGAAAGUAAUAUCGUUAAAGCAUUAGCUGCAUAUGUUUUUGUUGGCUAUAGCUAUACUUGAUUUAUGUUCGGAUUUUGCUAUUAUUUUAAACCAAUCCAAAAAUUAUCAAGAAUUUUUAAUACCAACAAGAUCUAUAUAAUGAUGGAAAAGUCUUGCCUUAAUGAAAACACAAUAAAGGAGACUUCUUAUUACUAUCAUAUCAAAAAUAACCCCAAAAAGCUAGAAUUAAGCAUGGCUUUUGCAGAUCAAAUUGCAUUAAAAUCAUUAAUUUUCCCCGUGACAAUACCUUUAAGGCUAUGACUAACCAUAAAAAUUGUGAAAUUUUGGAACAAAAUCACAAAGCCCACUACAGAAGCUUCCAAUAAUCUAAAAGAAGAGUUAAAAACUGAGGAAUCUAUGCCUAUCGGAGAAGUAUUCACGAAAGAGCAAGAAUUUAAAUCUGAAUAA